AUGGUUAGGUUUAGGAUCGUGUCUCCCAUGGUCCUCCACAUGGUUAGGGUAAGGAUCGUGUCUCCCAUAGUCCUCCACAUGUUUAGGGUUUGGAUCGUGUCUCCCAUGGUCCUCCACAUGGUGAGGCUCCGUGACUCGCGUCGAGGCAGCGGGUGGAUCUCGCCCCUCAGGGGCUGUGCAAGCUCCGCCGGCUCACCGACCGAGCCAGACUUCACACACUCUCGUCUUCUCCUCAAAGAACUACACCGAGAACUACACCGAGCCAUGCCGAAGAACAAGGGGAAGGGCCAGUCUGCAGCAGGAGCUAAAGCAGCAGGGGCUACAGCAGCAGAACAAUCAGGACCAGUCUCCAAAGACCAGAGUGGAGCAGUGACCAUCUCUGUCCACGCCAAACCAGGAGCCAAACUCAGUGCUGUGACCGAGGUAUCAGCAGCAGCAGUGUGUGUGUCGGUGGCAGCGCCCCCUACAGAUGGAGAGGCCAACACUGAGCUCCUAAGGUUUCUGGCCGAAGUCCUGCAGCUGAAGAAGACUCAGAUCUCUCUGUACAAGGGCUCCAGAUCCAGAGACAAAGUGAUGAAAGUAGAAUCUGCAGGGGGCGCUCUCUCUCCUGGACAUCAGGGGCAGCUCUCUCUCCUGGACAUCAGGGGCAGCUCUCUCUCCUGGACAUCAGGGGCAGCUCUCUCUCCUGGACAUCAGGGGCAGCUCUCUCUCCUGGACAUCAGGGGCAGCUCUCUCUCCUGGACAUCAGGGGCAGCUCUCUCUCCUGGACAGCAGGGGCAGCUCUCUCUCCUGGACAUCAGGGGCAGCUCUCCCUCCUGGACAUCAGGGGCAGCUCUCUCUCCUGGACAGCAGGGGCAGCUCUCCCUCCUGGACAUCAGGGGCAGCUCUCUCUCCUGGACAGCAGGGGCAGCUCUCUCUCCUGGACAGCAGGGGCAGCGCUCUCUCCUGGACAGCAGGGGCAGCGCUCUCUCCUGGACAGCAGGGGCAGCGCUCUCUCCUGGACAGCAGGGGCAGCGCUCUCUCCUGGACAGCAGGGGCAGCGCUCUCUCCUGGACAGCAGGGGCAGCUCUCCCUCCUGGACAUCAGGGGCAGCUCUCUCUCCUGGACAUCAGGGGCAGCUCUCUCUCCUGGACAGCAGGGGCAGCGCUCUCUCCUGGACAGCAGGGGCAGCUCUCUCUCCUGGACAUCAGGGGCAGCUCUCCCUCCUGGACAUCAGGGGCAGCUCUCUCUCCUGGUUGUCAGGGGCAGCUCUCUCUCCUGGACAUCAGGGGCAGCUCUCUCUCCUGGUUGUCAGGGGCAGCUCUCUCUCCUGGACAGCAGGGGCAGCGCUCUCUCCUGGACAUCAGGGGCAGCUCUCUCUCCUGGACAUCAGGGGCAGCUCUCUCUCCUGGACAUCAGGGGCAGCUCUCUCUCCUGGACGUCAGGGGCAGCUCUCUCUCCUGGUUGUCAGGGGCAGCUCUCUCUCCUGGACAUCAGGGGCAGCUCUCUCUCCUGGUUGUCAGGGGCAGCUCUCUCUCCUGGACAUCAGGGGCAGCUCUCUCUCUUGGGCAGCAGGGGCAGCUCUCUCCCAGCGUGUCCCAGUGA